UUCACGUUGACCGCUCGCGGUCACACUGUACACAUCCCUAUAGGUCUCGGCAGAAACAUAUAGAUUUUUUUUAUUAAACACUCACUCAAUUAAACAACAAAAAGACGCCGAAGUAGUUACGUUUUUUAUUGCUGUAACGUAGAAUAAGACGCAUCUCUUUGUUUGCAACGUGUACGUGUAGGGUAAGCCCGAGCAAGCCAAAAGUGAAAGUCCCAGAAAAAGUACAAAAAGAGAGAUAGAGUGACAGAGAGUGAGAGAGAAAGAGAGAGCGAGAACGGUGAAAAGAGUCAGAGUCUGGGUGAGAGAAAAACGAUUUUUUCAGAGAACAACGCGGAUUUUCGUAUUUGCUGUGGACAGGGGAACGUGUGUGAAUUGAGCAGAACCUGCCGAAAAUAAUUUGAAAGCAGAAGCAAAAGCGAAACGAAACUAAACUAAACUAAACGCAACGCAACGGCGCCAAGCGAUAACAAAUCGAGCAACAGCAACAAUAGAAAAUAACGAGAACAGUCAGCGCGCUGCCGAAGACCGUCAAAAUUCUCAGCCACAGCCAGCACACACCACCUUACAGCACCUGCACCCUAUUAGCUGCCACCACGCUCCACAAACAGCCAGCCAUAAUGUUCGUCAAUUCGAUGACGUUCCGUGGAAAUCCGGCGAACUAUCAUCAGCAGCAGCCGGCGCUUAAUCAUCAUACGCUGGCCGCCGCCGCGGCCCAUCAUCAGCAGCAGCUGCAUCAUCAUGCCGCGGCCACCGGCCAUUUGAGCCAUGGCGUUGGCGGCGGCCAUGCGGCCAGCAAUCAUUUGGCCGCUGCAGCUGUGCUGGGACGACAUGGUCAUAACUCGCUCAAUGCCGGGCACACCUCGAGCUCGUCCCAUUCGAGCGGUGCACUGGCCAGUGGCAGCAGCGGCGGCAGCAGCAACAGCUCACCGGACAGCGGCAAGAUUUACAUCAAGAACUUGGAGCGCUCGAUUGACAACAAGGCGGUGUACGAGACCUUCUCCGUGUUUGGCAACAUACUCAACUGUAAUGUGGCCAAAGAUGAGGAGGGCAAUUCGCGCGGCUACGGCUUUGUCCACUUCGAUUCGGAGGAGGCCGCCCGUGCUGCCAUCGAAAAGGUCAACGGAAUGCUAUGCAAUAAUCAGAAGGUGCAUGUGGUUAAGUUUAUACCGCGACGGGAUCGUGAGCAGGAGAAGGCAACCCAUUUCAAGAAUCUGUACGUUAAAAAUCUCAGCGAGGAGUUCACCGAGCAGCAUUUGCGUGAAAUGUUCGAGCCCUAUGGCCGCAUCACCAGUCACAAGUUGAUGCUGGAUGAGGAGGGACGCUCGCGUCGUUUUGGAUUUGUGGCAUUCGAGAAUCCGCAAUCGGCAGUGGCCGCCGUCAUUGGGCUGCACGGCAAGCAGCUGGGCGACAACAAGUUCUUGUAUGUUGCACGGGCGCUCAGCAAAGCCGAGCGGCAGCAGGAGAUCAAUCGCAAGCUGGAGGAGCGCAAGCGUCAAAAGGCCGGCCAAAUAUUUUACUAUUAAAUUGCAAAUAUUUGGUGCACUUUCAACGGAAGGAUCUAUCGCCGUUGCGAGCGAUGCUGAAGUAAUAAAAAGUUUGUUUAGAGCCCCACAUAACAUACACUACACACACACACACCCACACACACAUCUAUAACUAUAUAUAUAUAUAUAUAUAUAUAUAUAUAUAUAUACACAUAUAUAUGGAUAUUUACAGAAAAUAAUAUUGUGCAUCAAGCAAAAGAUCCAAACACAGCAAGCACAGAAGAGACAACACACACACACCCACACACAUUUAGGCGUAGGCAGCUCACACACACACACACCUCCCCCACACACACACACACACUUGAGUUCUGCAAAGGCAGAACUAUCAGAAAAGAAAAAUUUAAAUCACACUUAAAAAGAUUUCUAAAUACUAGAGAUUAAUAUGAAAUCUUUUAUAAACAAAUUCGCUAGUUUUUCUUUAACUUCUUUUCGAUUAGAUGUUUGUCUCUUGUUGAAUUUACCGAGCACAGAAGCUAAAAAAAAAAAAAAUUAAAAAAAAAAAGAUAAGAGCAGCUUCUAGCUUCAAGAACAGAGUGCGUACACGCAUACUUCUAAUACAUAAAUAAUACUUACUAAAUUAAAAUGAAAAAAAAAAAAAACACGCAAUUAGCAAGUGAAAUCUAGGCGAGCGGCGAAAACAAAUAUAUAGCUACCAUGUCAAGUCAUGGGCAAAUAAUGAAUAUUUACACAUACUAUAUUAAACAACAAAAAAAAAUUACAAAUAAUAAAAACAAGUACACACAAUUGAUGUAAAAUUCUAUAAACAAUUAAAGCACCCACUUUACGUAUAUAAAGGCAACAAAAAAAAAAAAAACAAAGAAAAAAAAAACAAAAAAAAAAUUAUAUAUUACACGCUGUAGUUUAAAAGCGUUUAUUAUAAUACUCACACACACACACACCCCCUUCCCCCACUCGAAACACAACCCCCCUUACUAAUGCUAAUUUAAAAAAAGAAAGAAAAAAAAAAUAACGCAAAACAAUUUGAGAAAUCUUAAAAAAAUUUGAUAGCACGAGGGAAACUCUUGUGCGCAAUUGCAGUUUACAUGGAAAGAGUAUUAAACAUUUAACAAUUACAAAACAUUUUUGUAAUUUAUUGUAAAUUGUUUCAAGUAGCUAACUUCAACAUUUAACACCAGGCAACAGAACACGAACCAUACUAUAACGAAUAUAGUUUCAAAUGCAAAAGCCUAAAUAAAUAAAUGUGCAACGCAAAUGCAAUGUUUACAAUUUUUUAGAAGAAACAAAACAAAUAUUCAAACACACAUAUAUAUUGCAAAUAAUUAUGCAAUGCAAAAUAAGGGAAAGGCAAGCGUGUAAACAUGCUCAGCACAUUUAUGAUUAACCGGAAAAUGGCAAAUAAUACAUAAAUAAUUUAAGAUUAUUGAGCUUAAUUUUUAAACAUGUUUCAAAAAGCAAAAACAACUCCCCCAAAUAAUAACUAAACACACGAACAAUUUGUAUAGUUAAAAAAAAAAAAAGGCAACAGCAAAAAACAAAAAGCAAGAAGAGAAAAAAACAAUUGAAAUAUCUAGUAAUUAAAUAAAAAGCGAAACCUAAUUGAAUACACA